GAGCGAGAGACAUAUUUGAUAUUAUUUCAUCCUUUUCGAAGCACACAAUGGCAUCGGCUGCUGCCCCUCCUCCUCGCGGCCUCGCGCCGAACGCCUCUCUGCCCGCGAAAGUGCAGCCAAUUCCUCCCAACCAGACUCUAUACGUUACAAACCUCCCGUCAGGCAAGAUACAGAAAGCAGACCUGCGAACAGCACUGUACAUGCUCUUUUCGACCUUUGGACCGGUGCUCGAUAUCGUCGCCCUCAAGACAAUGGAGAUGCGCGGCCAAGCUCACAUUGUAUUUCGCGACAUCCAGGCAGCAACCCAGGCCAUGAGAUCAUUAGAUGGACAGUCCUUUUUGGGUCGCACAAUGAAAAUCCAAUACGCCAAAUCCAAAUCGCAUUUCGUAGCGAAACUCGAUGGCACGUUCAAAAUCCCCACAACGGCCGGCGCCACCGUCGUGGAACAGACAGAGCUCCAGCAGAGUAUCUUUAACGCACCGCCACCUGGAUCAGCUUUCGAAAAGCCUACCGUACCGGCUGCCACACCAACUUCGAAGAAUGACGAGGCCGACGAGAACCGCGGCCAGAAGCGAACCCGUGAUGAGGAGGAUGAAGAUAGCGAGGGCGAUGUGGCAAUGGAGGAAGAUAGCGACGAUGAAUGAAGACGCUCAACCACAACGAGGCUGUCCCAAUGAAUGAAGACGUUUCUUCCAGUUCAAACGAGCCAUCAUUGGGUGGCCAUUUCCUUGGGUACCCAUAGGCCGACGCAUCCCCCUACCAGGCCGAACCAGAUCAUGAGAUAAUUUUCCAUUGAGCAUUCAAAGCUGGAUAUAGCGUCUCCCAACAGGCACGGAUGAAGAAAGAAAGAGGGUACCCCAGUGAUUGGGUGAUGCUAGGGGCAAAGCUAAAUGGAAACUCACAUCUGCUGAGAUGCCACCGAUGCCCCCCACUCCUCGGCGGAG